ACUCUCUGCUGCUCAGCCUCCCCAAAGGACGUCUGCCUGCACUUGCUUCUCCUCUGAAUUGGUCCUCAAAAUCCACCCUUUUAUUUUUGUGGGAACUGGGCUGCACUUCUCCAGAGGGGAUGAGGUUUGGCAUGGAGGGGUCAGACUCUGCAGGAUUUGUGAGAAACCAACACAGAGGCAGGGCUGCGCCUGCACCGGCCAGUCACGGACAUUAAGGGAAGACAAGUGAGAGGGAACCUCAAGAAUGUAAGUAUCUGAAGGAAAAGUGUCAAGAGGGGAGUCAGGCUCUUCUCGGUGGUGCCAAGCAAUAGGACAAGAAGCCAAGUGCAGCAACUGAUGUAAAGGAAGUUCUACCUGAACAUGAGGAAGAACCUCUUUUCUGUGUGAGUGACUACACUGGAACAGGUUGCUCAGGGAGCUUGUCAAGUCUCCCUCACUGGAGACACUCAAGAACUGUCUGGGAUGCAAUCGCCUGCCCGGUGCUCUGGGAUGUGUCUGCUCGAGCAGGCAGGCUGCACCGCUUGCAGCCUGGCCCAUUCCGUGACUCUGGGAGUCGGGGAGCGGCGGCUCCCGCGCCGGGCCCGAGGCACGGCCGCCCCGCUCCGCGCCGGCGCGGGCGGGCGAGCGCCGGGCGGGGGAGCAUUCCCAGCUCCCGUCUCCUCCCGCUUCCCGCGCAUGUGCGGUUGCCAGGGCGGCCGUCUCCGGUGAAGGUUUAAAAUCUGCGGGACAUGCGCAGUGCCGCUUCUGGCCCUGGCGAGGGGGACACGCCACAUUGGAACGGCGAGCGGAGAGCUCCGGGCAGCGCCGGGUACAGUUUGCGCCGCAUUCGCUUCCUCCCGAGCCGCGCUCGCCUCGCCCGGCUCUGCCUCCGGCCGCCCUGCCGCCCUCCCUGGCUCUCUCCUCCCCGCGACACAUGCCGCUGCUGCCGGGCCGCUCCUAGCGCCGCUGCCGGGCCGAGCGAGCGAGGGAGCGGGCGGUGAGCGGGCGGCGGCGCGGAGCUCUGGCCGGGCGGUGAGGGACGGCGGCGGCGGCGGGCGGGCGUGGAUGGAUCCCCGCGUGGCCUGGAUCCAGCCCGAGCAGAAAGGACCCGCGAAUGCGCUGUGGAUGCAGAUCUGGGAGACCUCGCAGGGCGUGGGGGGCCGGGGCGGCGCCAGCUUCCCGCACUACCUCUGCCUCAACUCCCCGGCGCUGGACUCUGCCGCCUCUCCGCCCCGCGGGCACGGCUGCGUGCGGCUCGGGGCGCCCGGCGCCUGCUGCUCCUCUUCCUCGCCGCCUUCGCCUUCGCCUUCCCCGCCGGCCCUGCUGACCGGACUGGUGCCCGCUGUCCCCGGCGGCCCCGCGGCGGUGAACGGCGGCGGCGAGGGAGGGCGGCGGCUGCAGAAGUCGCCUUCCGUGUCUUCCUCGUCCUCCUGCUCGUCGGUGGAGUCCGGCACCGAGAGCCCCGGCUUCUCCUCCUCGGGAUCGUGCAGCGGUGGCGGAGGCGGCGGCUCCUCCUCUUCCUCCGGCGGCCCCCGGGCGGUGGCGGUGGCUCCUCCCGGGCUGCUGGGCAGCGGGGCCGGACCCGGCGAGUUUUUUAACUUCCACGAGAACAAAGUGAACGCUGUGAAUGGGCACCACCAGCCGCCGCACCCGGCGCGCAGCCCGCACCCGCCCCCGGCGUCUCCCCAGCAGCACCAGUACCACCCGGGCCGCAGGAAACGGGAGAAUAAAGCCAGCACCUAUGGCAUGAAUUACCUGCUCUCCGGCAGCCGCGGCGUCGCCGUCAACAACUCCCCCCACCAGCAGCGGCAGCCGCCUCAGCCAGCGCUGCAGAGCCCCGGCACCCCCUGGAAGACCAGGAAAUACAGCCCGGGCGUGCAGGGACUACAUGAAGAAAUCAUUGACUUCUAUGACUUCAUGUCCCCUCGUCCUGAAGAAGCAGCUAUGAGAAGAGAAGUGGUAAAAAGGAUAGAAACAGUCAUCAAGGAUCUUUGGCCUACCGCUGAUGUCCAGAUAUUUGGCAGCUUUAGUACAGGGCUUUAUCUUCCAACUAGUGAUAUUGAUCUAGUUGUUUUUGGGAAAUGGGAACGACCCCCUUUACAGCUGUUGGAGCAGGCACUGAGAAAACACAAUGUGGCUGAGCCAUAUUCCAUUAAAGUACUUGACAAAGCUACGGUACCAAUAAUAAAACUCACUGACCAGGAGACAGAAGUGAAAGUUGACAUCAGUUUUAAUGUAGAGACUGGUGUGAAGGCAGCUCGAUUUAUCAAGGAAUACAUGAAGAAAUAUUCUUUGCUACCUUACUUGAUUUUAGUAUUAAAACAGUUCCUCCUUCAGAGGGAUUUGAAUGAAGUUUUUACUGGUGGAAUUAGCUCUUACAGCCUAAUUUUAAUGGCAAUUAGUUUCCUGCAGCUACAUCCAAGAAUUGAUGCCAGAAGAGCUGAUGAAAACCUUGGAAUGCUUCUAAUAGAAUUUUUUGAACUCUAUGGAAGGAAUUUUAACUACUUGAAAACUGGUAUUAGAAUAAAAAAUGGAGGUGCCUAUAUUGCCAAAGAAGAAAUCAUGAAAGUCAUGACUAAUGGAUACAGACCAUCCAUGCUCUGUAUUGAAGAUCCUCUCCUGCCUGGAAACGACGUUGGCAGAAGUUCUUACGGUGCCAUGCAAGUGAAACAAGUUUUUGAUUAUGCCUACAUUGUUCUUAGCCAUGCAGUAUCACCACUUGCAAGAUCAUAUCCAAAUAGAGAUUCUGAGAGCACAUUAGGUAGAAUCAUCAAAGUGACCCAAGAAGUGAUUGACUACAGGGCCUGGAUUAAAAAGAAGUGGGGGAGCAAAAUUAAUUUAUCACCUGAACUUGAUAAUAGGUUGAAAAUAAGAGACCAGAUAGCUCUCUGCAAUGGAGAACAGCAGCAGAACAGAGACUCUGAACCAUCUUACAAUCAACACUUGGCAUUGUCAUUGGCCAGUACACAACAGUUAUCCUCUGGUUCAUCUGCCUCUUCUGUGUCAUCGCUCUCCAGCAGUGACAUUGAAUCAGAUACAGCACCUUGCACAGCUCCUAAUGUUUACCAGUUCAGUCUUCAAGCACCGACUCAGCUUAUGGCCAGUUUAGCACCCGCAUUGCCCCUGCCAAGUGGUAAACCCCAAUCUGCGCCUCCGAGAGCCCUGAUAAUGGCCGCCAGUAACCAGCAGCACAGUGGAAUGAAGUUUUCCAUGAAAGGAACUCAUAACCAAGGCAACAGCUACAGCCCUGUCAGCAGUGGAGGCAUGAGGCAACCAGUUGGUAACCGGGGACACCACCAGUACAAUCGUAAUAUAUGGAGAAGGAAAAAACACAGAGACAGCUUGCCCAUUAGUCUGAGCAGAUAAUGGCAGGUGCCAAAAUGACCUUCCCAGUUCACACAAACUGAGUGCGUGCCACUCGACUUGAGGGAUGGAGACCAGCGUCCAGCACAUCGUUUUAUUGGUGUUGCCAAAUAUCUGCAGCUGACUUCUUUGCAUGUUUCUUUGUGUGGUGGUUCAGUCCAUCUUCAAGAAGUAGUUGUGCUUAUCUGUGAAGCCUUAUUAAAUGUGGAAGUUUGUUUUCUGCCUUCCCACAAUGGUUCAUUCAGUGCCGAAGCAGCUCUGACAAUAGAACUGCAAGGACAUUUACAAAUGCUGUAGCUUUUUUGCUGUGGCUAUAUCUGUUCCUUUUCUUUUAUUUUAGAAGUGAAGGAAACUUCAGCCCCUUGGAAUUAUUUUUUUUUCUUCAUUGCAGCAAAUCAAGUUGGGAAUUCAUCAGAUUAAAUUUGCUGCUCUCCUGGUUUAUUUUUUUUUUCAAAGCUCAUUUUUUUUCUCUGUAAAUAUUGGAAGUAUGAUUUGUGCAAUAACUUGGAUUUUUUUAAUUUAAUUUCAUAUUAUCGCAUAAGUUAUAUUUAAGGGGAAGAGGUUUUUUUAAUUUACAGAUCCUUUCCCAGGUUGCAUUAUCUAAGUUGGGGUCAUAGUUUUGGCAGGUUGUCUGAGCAGUGUUAUAAACAUGACAUUUGGUAAUAUUUGAGGCUUCUUGAUUCACAAUGAAAGUGCGAUUUGGCUUACAGUUUUAAGAAUUUACUAAGCUCCAAAGCAUUUUGACCCUGUGUUUUUUAGCUCAUUGUCUGGCCUCUAUCAGUCGUCUUGCUCUGACCAAUGAGUUUUAAUUUUCUUUAACUAGACAACAAAUUGAACAUUUGUAGUACCAGAAGUAAAACUUUUGAGAGGAACGGGGAAAAGGUUGGUUCAAGUCCUGAUACGAAAUUAAAAAGCUGUGAACUACAUGCUUUGAUGCAUUUUAGUAACGUAACCUGUUAAUGUUUGAAUUGAAACAACACUAUUAAACAGAGGUACCCGGCUUAAGGAAUGUGGAGAAAGGAAAUAUGUUGAUUCCAUUAAGGAAUCUGUAUAGUAGUAUGCAUUAGUUCUGUUAAGAGCAAAUAUAUAAAAAGUACUUCAGCUGCUCUAAGCAUUACAAGAAGUAUCUUUUAAUGUGUUGCAGGAGAGCACAGCCCAGUGUUGUACACAGUAUGAGUGGCUGGCACUUAAUUUACAGAUGCAUACAGGUAUACUAUGCAAGUGUGUAUUGCCAUGACAAACACUGUCUUUAACUUUUUGAAAAAUGUACAUCCUGCCUAACCCUGAGUUUUUAAAGCACCACAAUUGUCCUGGGAGUAGGUCACAUCUCAUGCCCUCUGGCUUCCCUUUUUUUAAGUGAGAGUUCUUAAGCUAUACAGAAAACUACAGGUGAGUUAUGUAAGUCCACUAGCAGAGAAAGCUGAAGAAUCUUGUUAACAGGACAUCUAUACUGUGUACAGAUAUAGAAGGUUUUAAAACUGGUAUCUGAAUAUUGAAGGUGUCAAGCAUGAAGCUUUUUAAUAUGCUGUAUGCCUUUGAAGCAGAAGUAGUUCAUGUUAUUACUGAAUCUGCCAAACACAAACAGGUCUUUUAGGGGAGAGAGGGCAACAUUCCAAACUAGAGUAGUGCAUAUCUGUUUGCAGAAAGUUUGUCUUAAUGCUCCAGACUCAUCACAAUAAAAAAAGUUCUAAAAAUUGUGAGCUGAUUCAUAAAUAAUAUCUAAGGGCUGUUACAUGAGCCUGUACUGCUUAGUCUUCACACACUAGCAAUAUUGAGCAUAACUACAUUAAAGAGCCUUCAGAGGCUUUAAUUGGUGUCUUAUACUAGCGUCCAUUUUAAAGCAAAACUCAUUUGAAAAGUGGUAUCAUGUAACACUUCAGUCAUGGUGAACCAAAUGAAUUGGCCUGGCUAUCACUGUGGUUAUGUGCUACAGGUUUAAAAAAUGUUUAAAUUUUUUUGUGUGGACAACUAUGUGGAAGCUAAAAUUGACAUAUUUUUAUGUAAAGUUUUCUAUUCUUUGAUUUUUAAUAAACUUUGGAGACCAGUCA